CCGCGGGCAGAUUUGCAUAGAAAAACCCUGCAAAGUGUCGCGCAGGAGGAGGAAUUAGGAUUCACGCCGGCGUCUCGUCUGCGGAUGCUCGGCCGCCACGUGAGACGGGAGCGGCUGAUUGAUAUGGACGAGCGCGGCCAAACUCGCCGUGCGUCAUCUGGCGCCAGGUGGGGAGCAGGCAGAGGGAGCGCCCACACCGGUUCUUGCAUCUUAGCAUGUGGCUAAAUGCUAAUUGCCAUCAAGGCCUGCCUAGUCGGAGCGUUCCAUGAAAGGGUCGCGGCUGUGCACAAAUGGAUGGCGGGGGAACUGAACUCACACUGCUUGCACCAAAGUCUGGUGGCGCUAGUUCACCAAUGGAGAGGGAACGCCCGAGCGCGGCGGUCCCUACCAUGGAUGCUCGUCCCUCGAGGUGCGAGCGAGGAGGGACGCUGUCAAAAGUACUGCAAUUGUAUGGAUCAAGACGAAUCCGCAACCUUCCGUCGGCGGCAAACGGCGCUCUCACCCGCAAACUCUUUGAGGAUUGCUCACAAGAACGACGCCGCGUCGGUUGCGUCUCCUCAGGGAGGCAACGCUCGCUCAAAGAUGUCUCAAGGUGCCUGCCGUCGUUCAGCUUGAGAUGUGACUCUGGACCUGGAAGACUUGCGGCGCUGGGGUUUUUUGUCCUCCUGCUGCGUGGAUGGGUGGGUGGGGGGGGGGGGUCUUCUGAAGUGAGGAUUAACGCCAACAAAGUUUGAUGGCCGGCAGCUAGAGCGCGAGGAGGCCGACGAGGGACAGGCGACAUGAACUCCGUUCCGUCCAUGGACCGACACAUCCAGCAGACCAAUGACCGGCUGCAGUGCAUCAAACAGCACUUACAGAAUCCGGCCAAUUUCCAAACGGCGGCGACCGAGCUGUUGGACUGGUGCGGCGACCCCCGAGCCUUCCAGCGUCCCUUCGAGCAAAGCCUGAUGGGAUGUCUGACGGUGGUGAGCCGCGUGGCGGCGCAACAGGGCUUCGACCUGGACCUCGGCUACCGCCUGCUGGCCGUGUGCGCCGCCAACCGCGACAAGUUCACGCCGAAGUCGGCAGCGCUUCUGUCCUCCUGGUGCGAGGAACUGGGACGGCUCCUCCUGCUGCGUCACCAAAAGAACCGACAGAACGAGCCCCCCGGAAAAGCGCCCAUGCACCCCCCCAUGAGCUCCAUGAAGCCCGGACUCUCGCACGGAGAUGGGCCUUUUCCCUACGACUCGGUUCCCUGGCAACAGAACACCAAUCAGCCUCCCGGUUCACUGUCGGUGGUGACCACCGUCUGGGGCGUUACCAACACCUCGCAGAGCCAGGUUUUGGGGAAUCCCAUGAGCAACAGCAACAAUCCCAUGAACCCGGGCGGCAACCCGAUGGCUUCGGGGAUGUCUGGCAAUAAUCCUGGGAUGAACCCCUCUCAGUUCAGCGGUCCGCAGCAGCAGUUCCCCAGCAAGGGCCCCCCCAACCAGGGCUACAUGCAGCCGGGCAUGUACGGACGACCCAACUACCCCGGCGGAGGCGGCUUUGUCGGCAACUAUCCCGGGGGCCCCAAUGCUGGACCCGGAGGAAUGGGCAUGCCCCCACACUCGCGUCCGCCGUCGGACUUCACUCAGCCUGCGGCCGCCGCCGCCGCCGCCGCCGUCGCCGCCGCCGCUGCCACGGCGACCGCUACUGCCACCGCCACUGUAGCCGCACUGCAGGAGACUCAGAACAAGGACAUGAAUCAAUACGGACCGAUGAGUUCCUCGUUCCAGAUGGGACCAAACCAGGCCUACAACAGCCAGUUCAUGAACCAGCAAGCACCACGUGGACCCCCAGCGCUCCCUGGGAACAUGGGCUCGGGCAUGAAUGCAUCCAGCAUGGGCGGUCCCCCAAUGGGGAUGAACCAACCCAGGGGCCAAGGCAUGGGACCCUUUGGAGGUCACGGCCAAAGGAUGGCCCAGCAAGGGUAUGCCGGAGCCCGGCUUCAGGGCAUGCCAAUCCAGGGCAUGAAGAGGCCCUAUCCAGGGGAGCCUAAUUACGGCGGACAGCAGUACGGACCAAACAACCAGUUCCCCAGCCAGCAGGGCCAGUACCCGACACCCAGUGCUUCCAGGCCGCUGCCGUCCAGCAACUACCACAGCCAGCGCACGCCGGGACAGCAGCUCCAAUCCCAAUAUCCACCGCCCAGCGGUCCCAUGGGGCAGUACUAUAAGCAAGAGCUGCCUUUUAACGGCCAAACCACCAACUUUUCUGCGAGUGGUUAUCAGUACAGCCAGGGAAAUAUGAAUGGGCCACCCAGACCAAUGGGCAACUACCCCCACUCGCCAGUACCGGGCAACCCCACCCCUCCAAUGACCCCAGGAAGCAACAUCCCUCCAUAUUUAUCACCCAGUCAGGACGUGAAGCCGCCAUUUCCUCCUGACAUCAAACCAAGUAUUACUGCUCUUCCUCCACCACCUGGCAACCAUAACGAGGAGCUCCGCCUCACCUUCCCGGUGCGUGACGGGGUUGUCCUGGAGCCUUUCAGGCUCGAGCAUAACCUAGCAGUCAGCAAUCACGUCUUCCACUUGCGGCCCUCGGUGCACCAGACACUCAUGUGGAGGUCGGAUCUGGAGCUGCAAUUCAAGUGCUACCACCACGAAGACCGGCAGAUGAACACCAACUGGCCGGCGUCGGUGCAGGUCAGCGUCAACGCCACGCCGCUCACCAUCGAGCGCGGUGACAACAAGACUUCCCACAAGCCCUUGCACCUGAAGCACGUCUGCCAACCGGGCAGGAACACCAUCCAGAUCACCGUCACAGCCUGCUGCUGUUCGCACUUGUUCGUGCUGCAACUGGUCCACAGGCCGUCGGUCCGCUCCGUCCUCCAGGGUUUACUGAAGAAGAGGCUCUUACCGGCCGAGCACUGCAUCACCAAAGUCAAGAGGAACUUCAGCAGCGUGGCGGCGUCGUCGUCGUCGGGCAACGCCGCCCUCAACGGCGAGGAUGGCGUGGAGCAGACGGCCAUCAAGGUCUCACUCAAAUGUCCCAUCACUUUCCGACGGAUACAGCUCCCGGCCAGAGGUCACGACUGCAAGCACGUUCAGUGUUUCGAUUUGGAAUCAUAUCUCCAACUGAACUGCGAGCGAGGAACGUGGCGAUGUCCUGUAUGCAAUAAAACGGCUUUGUUAGAAGGGUUGGAGGUGGACCAGUACAUGUGGGGCAUCUUGAAUGCCAUUCAAAACUCCGAGUUUGAGGAAGUGACCAUCGACCCGACGUGCAGCUGGCGGCCCGUCGCCAUCAAGUCGGAAAUCCACAUCAAGGAGGACCCGGACGCUCCUCUGGCCAAGCGCUUCAAGACCAUGAGCCCGAGUCAGAUGAUCAUGCCCAACGUCAUGGACAUGAUCGCCCAGCUGGGCCCGGGACCCUCGCCGUACCCGUCUCAGCAGGGGGGCAACAAUGGCGACUACGGCGGUCAAGGCAACAGUUACCAGGGCCACGGCAACUUUGAGUUCCCGCAGGGCGCGCCGGGAGCGACGUCCAUGAACGAUUUUAUGCACGCGCCGCAAUUGUCGCACCCGCCCGACGUCUCCAACAGCCUGAUGAGCGCGGACAAGCCGCUUUCCCACAGUAUGCCCGACACGAUACCUCACUCCUCCGUCAACGAGCCGUCGCACGGCGCGUUGCAGCACGGCAUGCACGGGUCGCCGCGUCAACAACCGCAGCAGCAGCAGCAGCAGCAGCAGGUCCACCACAGCGGACCCCCGCCCCCCUCGAGGCAACCCCCGCCACUCCCUCCCCCUCCUCCUCAGCAGCAGCCCGGUCCAAACAGCCACCCCCACGGCGACCUGACGUUCAACACCUCCGGCAGUUUGGACAGCCAAGCCGGGUCGGACAUGCCCGAACCGUCUUUAGACCUUCUUCCAGAACUGGCCAACCCGGACGAGCUGCUGUCCUACCUGGACCCCCCGGACCUCCCCAGCAAUAGCAACGAUGACCUCUUGUCGCUCUUCGAGAACAAUUGAGGCUCGUCGUGGACUGCAAAAACAAAAAAACAAAAACAAGAAGACUCAGUACUUGACUAACACAACAAAGAUGCACUCCCCUUCUCUUCUUCCUCUUGUAUUGUUUGGCUUCGGAAAGGACGAUGGAAAAAAAAAAAAAAAAAAAGGACACGUCGGAAGGGAACGUUUGAAUCGCGCAGCUAUGAGAAAUUGUUUGGAGUCCACAAACAUUCCCCUUGUCGCAUUGAAAUCAUCAUCAUCAUCAUCAGAGAAGGAACCGCUUUGUUCGUCCCGCCAUGCCCCACUUCAGAAGCACAACGUCAUGAAUUAUUUCCCUCAAACUUGUACGUCUCUGAAAGCGAAGCGCCGGGAGUCAUUUGUGGGUGCGGAAAGUAUCCGCAGCGCUUCACUUUCCCCCACAUUUAUGCUUUCGCAAUGUAAGCAAAUGUUGUCAAAUUCGGAAGUUCGAGGAAGUGCUUGACCGUUUCUCACUGUGGACGCCGCUGCGUUGUGCUCCGCAGUCUCCGAGUUCAGCCCGUAUUUUGGAGAAGUACGAGAUGCUCGUUCUGCCGGCCAGUCUUUCUUGCGUUUUCACAGGUUCCUGCUGUGCCCUUCGUCCCCUCUUGGACGGAACCCGUCUUCUCACCACGGAUAAGCUCCCAAAAGCCCGGUUUGUUUUCUCGGGUUUCACGCCGAGCCGCGCACUCGACUCGACGCGGUUUUUUACAGCUUCCUGCUCUGGACGUGGCAGAAAUGUACUCCGGGGGCUCCACCUUUCUGCAACGGCCCUUAGUCUCCGCUUGGAUAAAAUGCGAUCUUCUUUGUACUGUGGAGAAUUAGCUUUUAUUCAUGUAUAUGAGAAACGUUUCAACUCCAAAUUUGCCCAUGUUUGAAAUCAAUUCAGGUUUGGAACUCUCGUCAUCUAAAAUGACAAUGGGAAGAAUUCCUUAAUUCGGAACCAUCCCCCCAAAACGGUUGACGAAAUGCCCAUUCCUUCUUUCUCUCUCUCGUCGCCACUCAAUCUGUGAAAUGACGCCCAAAAGGAGUUUGAAUGUGACUGACGGAUGGAAAAGUGCGCCAAGCAAAAUUUUGGGUAUUUUGUUGGAUUUAAUGAAACACUAACACGGAAGGCACAUCGUUAAUGCUCGCUGCAAUUUUUUUUUUUUUUUUUUUUUGCUCCUUUUAUUUUUUGUUUCGUUUUGUCGUGUUAACCUCAUCGGAGCUAAAACAUUUUUUGGGAAAGCGCUCACCAAAGUCGGGAGGGCGACGACGACGCGCGUGCGUGUCGAAAGCGAUGCUCGUUCCACGGCAAAAUGGGUGGCAAACGCAGUAUUUGUGCUACAUUUCCUGGACUGUCUGUUUGAUGCUGUUCCAGUAUGCAAAUGUAUUAUUUUCUAAGAAAUGCUAUUGUGAUUGUAAAUAUCACUGUGAAUAUUUUUCUAUCAUCUCAAUGAAGAAACAAAAAAAAAAACAAAACAAAACUGUUUGCGCGUCAUCCUCAUCGUCCUCACGUUAACCCACACUCGUCCGCCUAAAAUGUCUUCUAAGUUAUUUCCUGUCUGUUGUUGUUUCUUUUUUUUUUUUUUUCAUUUUUAUUUUUAGGAAACAAAAACCAGUCAGAGAUUCUGAACUGUUCAUCCAUCCAUUGUGUUGCUUUCAAUUCUUUAUUUUGCCGAUAUUCACUGUUUUAAUUAUUGCCAACACGUUGGUAUAUUGAGUUAUAUCAAGUGUAUAUUUAAAGAAAAAAAAAAAUCAGUUUAAGACAUUGUUUUUAAUAAAAACAGUAUAUUUGUCUUGAAAAAAAAAACAUUUUGGGGUUAUUGUCAGAUGUCAUCUUGCCCCCCAACCCUUUUUUUUUGUGGUAAUUUUUAUACUUUGUCACCAUUGAUUUUCAUCUGUAACACUAGAAAUGAAAAUGUCUCUCACUGUCGACUUUUUUAAUGAUUGUUUUCAUGAAAUUUCUGCCUUAUCGGUUGCCGUAUACAUACUUUGCCCCUUCUGGAAAUGUAUUUUUGUGUACUAUUUUAUUAAUCAGUAAUGCUAAAUUUUCAAUCUCACUGUAGCCUGUAUUUUUAUUAUUGCUGUAUACAUUCCCCUCUUUUUUUUUUUUCUUUUUGUAAUUUAUUUUGUGCUACUUUUGUGUUUUCCCUUACUGGCUUUCAAUGUAAUGUGAACAUCAUGUGUCAAUACGGUGGAAUUUUAAUGAGCAUAUUUUAAAAUACUGUAACGGUAUUGUUCAUAUUGUUUUGUCAUUAAAAGAAUCAAGGCUAUUUUAACUAUACAUGAUACAUUUCACCCCCUUUUUUUAUUCAUAUGUAAGUCUGGAAAUCAAAUAUCUCACUGUAGCCUUCCUCAGAAUUUGUUAUCAUUGAAUUCACUUCUUCCAGUUCGGGACACUGGCCAAAAAAUAAUAAUAUUAAUCUUUGACUAUCCACUGCCACAUCAUUUUAUUUAUUUUUUAAUACUAUCUGAAAGGAAACAGAUGAAUUCAUGUUUAUUUCUUGCAUACGGGUGAGCCACAUUUGUGUCGCCUCAAUCUUUUUUUUUGGGGGGGGGGGGAAUAAAGCGAGAAAGGCCAGGAAAUAAAGUGAGGUCACGUGUGCUAAAGAUGCCUGUAAAUAUGUAAAUGAACAUAGAAACGUGAGCAGAAAUGUAUUCAUGUUCCCUGGGAAUGUGCAUUGUUUCCUCCGAAUACGUUAAAAAAAAAAAAAAAAAUUGCAAGCCCUCUAUUGGAAGUGGAAAAUUGGUAAUUUUAUGCCCACCUCCCUUUUUGGGACUGUCUGUGUUAUGUUAUUGUCUGUCGCUUGUAUACUUUAUAAAAAAAAAAAAAAAAAAAGUAGUCCAAAAGAUUGUAAGUCACAUAUUUAUUUUUUUUUAACUAUCAUCGACAAGCCACUGUCUGUGUUUGUACAUUUCAGUAUGUACAAUCAUUUCAUACUGCUCUGACUUUUUUUUUUUUUAGUUUUGCAGAGCUGUAUGUAGGUAGACCAUGUGACACCCUCAUAUUUAUCGAAUAAAUAUGUAUUCAGAUCCUA